AUGGGUUCCCUGUCGAUCCUCAGCUCCUCAGCGCCGCCUCUUUCCGCCGUCACGAAUCAGAACGCCGGCGCCUUGCCGGCUCGGAUUCUGCCGCUCUCUCGCGGCCGGCGGCCGCCGCUCCAGCCCGCCGCCCUGAAGAGCCCCCGCGGGUUCGGUCCAGCCCCCGUCAAGCGCAAGCCCGGGAAGAAGCAGCGGAAGGGCGGCGGCGGGGACGACGACGAGGAAGACGAGGAAGAGGACGACCAUGAAGAGGAAGGCGCAGAGGAGAGGGACGAGGGGACGAUUCCGGAGGUGGUGACAAACAGGAUGAUGAAGAGGAUGGGCUUGUCGGUGGGGGCGCCGCUGGCGGUGGGUUUGCUGUUCUUCCCCUUCUUCUACUACCUGAAGGUUGGGGCCAAGAUAGACGUCCCCACUUGGGUGCCCUUUCUGGUCUCCUUCUUCUUUUUCGGCACCGCCCUUCUGGGUGUCAGCUAUGGGAUCGUCUCUGCUAGCUGGGACCCUCUUCGGGAGGGCUCUCUUCUGGGCUGGAACGAGGCCCAGCGCAACUGGCCGGUCUUCUGGCAGUCGAUCUUUCGCGGCGGAGACGACGGCAAGUCCAGUCGCCGCGGUGGCGGCAGAUCUCGGAAGAGGUAG